UCCUCAUUAUCCUACAUGUUUAUCAACAUGGUAAACUCCACCCACGAAACAAGUUCGUUGCUUCUUGGCCUUGCGUGUCCCAUCCGAGUUCCCAAAUUGAACAAACCAGCAAAUCAACUUUUUUCCUACAAAUAAUAAAUAACUCAUAAUGGAGCACGAGGCGCAGUGGGUGGAAGGGAGGGAAAGGAAUGCCAAAUUGAGCUACUUGUUGCCAUGAAGGAGGGAAAGUUGUUUUCCGAUUAGUCGGAAUCAGUACCACUAACCUAGUGCAACUCGGGACGUCGUACCCUUUGGAGGAAACAAAAUUCUAGGCAUUACACCAUAUACGUCAAAAUCUACAAUAAAUUCCCAAUGAAUUCAAGACUUAGUCCCGACGAGUGGGAAAUGGAACGUAAUGGAUUGAACAAGCUGCUGGCCAGAUCCCUGAAGGAGCCGAUUCUGGGCAAGCAUUUCGCUCUGCCCGGCCGAACAGACCAGAGCCAACCCAUCGAACUGGACACCAGCCAGAGCUACAUUGCCGUGUACACCCAUCUUAAGGUGUACGCCACCGGAAUGCCGGAGAGAUUGCCCACGCCAGAGGCUAUUGGACGAGUGCAGGCAGAGAUCCAAUCGAACUUGGAGGGAAAGCCAAAGACUAGAACUGCCAAGGCACGCGGAGAUCCUGCUUAAUAGCUUGUAGAUUAUUUUCAUUAAAUUAUGAACAAUACAUUGUCAGCUUGGCAGAUUUCGUGUAAGGUAAUUUUUAAAAUUACAAUUUUAUAAAAUUACUUAAAUAUACAAAUCUUUGAAGAUUAAUUUUAGAUUUUAUGUUGAAC